AUGGUAGACCAAUGUCCUAAAUGCCAGCAAGUUAAAGUCGAACAUCAUAGGCCUAGAGGCCUAACUCAGUGUAUUGAACUUCCAUUAUGGAAAUGGGACAUGAUAAAUAUGGACUUCAUCAUCGGUUUGCCUCACACUCCACGGAGGUAUGAUUCUAUUUGGGUAAUUAUUGAUAGGCUUACAAAAUUUGCUCAUUUUCUACCAGUCAGGACGACAUAUUCAGCCGAGGAUUAUGCCAAGAUUUACAUUCGGGAGAUUGUGCGCCUUCACGGGGUACCAUUAUCUAUUAUCUAUGAUCGAGGGGCUCAAUUUACAACACAUUUUUGUAAAUCUUUCCAGAAGGGUCUAGGCACGCAGGUAAAUCUUAGCACAGCUUUUCAUUCGCAAACUGAUGGACAGGUAGAGCAUACUAUUCAGACAGUUGAGGAUAUGUUAUCACAAAGUCGGCAGAAGUCUUAUGCAGAUGUUCGACGACGAGACUUAGAGUUUGAUGUAGAAGAUUGGGUUUUCUUGAAAGUAUCGCCUAUGAAGAGCGUCAUGCGAUUUGGAAAGAAGGGGAAGCUCAGCCCCAGGUAUGUUGGACCGUAUAAGAUUAUUCGGAGGAUUGGUAGGGUGGUGCACGAGCUUGAUUUGCCUUCAGAAUUGGGAGCAUUCCAUCCUAUGUUUCAUGUAUCUAUGUUGCGAAAGUGCAUUGGAGAUCCUUCACGUAUUACGCCCAUUGAGGAUAUUCACAUUGCUGAAGACUUAUCUUAUGCAGAGGUACCAAUAGCUAUUUUAGAUCGGCAGGUAAGAAAGCUUCGAACUAAAGAAGUGGCUUCCGUAAAAGUGUUAUGGCAAAAUAACAACAUCGAGGAAAUGACCUGGGAAGCUGAGGAGGAAAUGAGGAAGAAGUACCCCUACCUAUUUACGACUUAA